AUGCCUUGGUUGCUUCUGGUUCUUGCUGUCUUGGCUGAAAUGGGUGAGGCGUGCAAAGACGAGGAGUGCUGUUUUCAAAAGCUGCCCUCCUGGGAAGGAGGCUCAGGCUCAGUAGUAGAAACUCCAAGGGAACUAUGUUGUUACAGGAUCUUCCCAAGUGGCUAUGAGUGUUCUUGGCAAUAUGAUGGUGACCCCACUGAUGUCACCCACUUCCUUUGGUGCUGCUUUAGAAAUGGGGAUUGUUGCUAUUUUGAAGCAGGAAAGGCCAACCGAGUCAGUUUUACUGACCAAGCUAAGGUGCACACCGUAGAGAAUGUCACAUUCUCGGUGGAGUCUCGAGUCGGAAAUUGGACCACAACGUCCCCGAAUAUCACCCUGGUGCUCUACUGGGCCUUCAAAUUUGACCCUCCAAAUGAAGAGAUGACUGUCUCCAAGAUCCAGGACCAAUUCUUGAUAAAAUGGGAGAUCCCUGAAGGGCAAAACGAGGCAAUAGUUGAAUAUCGUUACAGGACGUGGAAUGGAACCUGGGAACAGGGAGAUUGUGGAGCCCAGGAGAACUCUGAUUUUGAGAACUGCAGCCUUCAGUUCAAGGCACCUGUUGCUUAUGAAAUCCAGCUCCGGCGCCAUAAAAGAGCCUCCCCGACUAGUCAGUGGAGUGAUUGGAGCAAGUCCAUUUGCAUUCCUGCUGAAAUUCCAGAGCUGAAUUACACAGUGGGAAAACUCAAUAACGAUGGAAAGAGGGACCUGAUCUUUGACUGGGAGCCCAGGCAAGUGAGGCAGCCCCAGAACUGCAUGGAGGAAGUGAGUUUCAGCCUUGUUCUUCAGAUGCUCUCCUGCACCUGCAAACCAAAGUCUAAGAAGAAAAUGAGUCUGGAGAAAGUGAUCCAAAUUUCUGGGGCAGAAUACAAUGUCACCAUUCGAACCCAAGGCACCUUGGGGCCCCAGCUAAACAGGACAUUCCAUAUUCCUGCUGAUCCCAACUCAGGUUUUAUCCAAGAUGCAGAGUUUCUGAACAUUAGCACCUCAGAAGACAACAUGACAAUGCAAUGGUUCUCCUUAGAAAGACUUGUCAAGAGUUACUGCAUUGAAUGGUACCCUCAUGCUGCCAACUGGACCAAUGCUGCCUGUGCUCUGAAGAGCUCCCGGAAAGAAAAAGAUGGCAGGAAAGUGAUAUAUAGCCGGGAUAAAGCUUUAGGGAUCAUGGACCUUUUGAAAUGUUACCGGAUCAAUAUUUAUGCUUCAGACCAACCUAAAAACCCUCAGUCCUGGGUCACCGUCUUUUCUGGCCACCAUUUCAGUGGAGAUGUUUUGAAAGCUGGUCCCAGUAACUUGACAGUGAAAACAAGAGCCCAUGAAGUAUCCCUGGAAUGGAAUCCCUCUCCGAUCAGCAAGUGCCCUGGAGUAUUGAAGAACUAUGUCAUCUCCUGCUGGAAUGGAAAGAACAACAAAACCAUCUUUUUCAAGCCAGAAAUCUCUUUCUCCAUAGGUGAUGAAACGUCUCACUCAUUUCCCUUUCUCCCGCUGGCCCUGGGAAUUUUUGCAGCCAUAAUCAUCACGGCAGUCUCUGUAUAUUAUGUCCUAAAGAGAGUCAAAAGCUAUCUGUGUCCACCUCUACCCAACCCUUCCAUCAGCAAGGCUACUAAGUUCCUGGAAGAGGACUGGAAGCCAAUCAGGCCAUGGAUAGGAGCCUCAGAAACAGUGGAAGAUGUUGGCACAAGGGAGCCACUGAUUAUUGAGGUCAACUCCCCUAAAGUGGGUCCUGAAGUGGGCUCUGAGGUCAGACUACUUUGCCUUGAGGAGCCCAAGGAGCUCCCAGACACCAAAGAGAAACAAAUGGUUGGAGGAAAUGAUCCACCUGUGGACAUUGAGCUUGCUUCUGACUAUAAAAGGCAGAAUCAUAUGGAAGUAGUUGGAGACGAUGGCCCACAAGAUACCAGGGACCUGAGUAGUCAAGACGAUUGUGAUACAGAGAAAAUGGUGCCACUUUUCAUCUCUCCAGAAGCACAGGUCCCAGCAAGGAUAACGCUUUCUUUUCUUUCAGUUCGCAGACCAUCUGAGACUUCAGAAAAUUUGAAGGAAUAA